AUGCCCCUUUCCAAUGGCACCCAGUUUCACCCCUCUUCCUUCUUGUUGCUGGGGAUCCCAGGACUAGAAACUCUUCACAUCUGGAUUGGUUUUCCCUUCUGUGCUGUGUACAUGAUUGCACUCAUAGGGAACUUCACUAUCCUGUUAGUAAUCAAGGCUGAGAGUAGUCUACACCAGCCCAUGUUCUACUUCCUGGCUAUGUUGGCUACCAUUGAUUUGGGCCUCUCAACAGCAACCAUCCCUAAGAUGCUUGGAAUCUUCUGGAUUAAUCUCAGAGAGAUCAUAUUUGAAGACUGCCUCACCCAAAUGUUUUUCAUUCACAAAUUCACACUCAUGGAGUCAGCAGUCCUCUUGGCAAUGGCUUAUGAUCGCUAUAUUGCCAUCUGUAAUCCACUCCGAUAUAGCACCGUCCUCACGAACAAGAUUGUUUCUGUGAUUGGUCUUGGUGUAUUAGUGAGAGCAAUUAUUUUUGUCAUUCCAUUUGUAUUUCUAAUUUUGCGAUUGCCCUUCUGUGGGAAUCAUGUCAUUCCCCACACCUACUGUGAGCACAUGGGUCUUGCUCGACUGUCCUGUGCCAAUAUCAAAAUCAAUAUUGUUUAUGGCCUAUGUGCCAUAUGUAAUAUGGUGUUUGACAUCAUAGCUAUUGCCCUGUCUUACAUACAGAUACUACGUGUUGUAUUCCAUCUCCCAUCUCAGGAAGCCAGACUGAAGUCCCUCAGCACCUGUGGUUCUCACGUUUGUGUCAUCCUUGCCUUCUAUACACCAGCAUUCUUUUCCUUCAUGACACAUCGGUUUGGUCGCAAUGUGCCCCGCUAUAUCCACAUACUCCUGGCCAAUCUUUAUGUUGUAGUGCCACCAAUGCUCAAUCCUGUCAUAUAUGGCGUCAGGACCAAGCAAAUCUAUGAGCGUGUGAAGAAAAUGUUAUUGCAGAUACAAGGAAAGAAAAAGCAAUAG